AUUGCUCACUACAACGCGAGACCUAUCCAAAAAGUGUCACAUUGUAAAGCCGGAGCGUCACCAACGCGCUGGCGUCCUGUUCCUGACGCAAUAGGAAUCUGAAGAUAACACUCAAGGAAGAAAUCAAGGAGCUUUAUUUUCUCCAAAGAAGAGUCUCCAGGAGUCAGACAGCAGAGGAGAACUACCAAGUUAUUUAGGUACACCAGAAGCAGGGGCAGCUAGCCGGGUGAUCUGAGUGUUUCCAGGCUUUGAUGCGACCCGAUUGUGCCUGGAGCAUGUCCACAGUGGGCCUGACUGCCCAGGAGAUCUCUUUUCCCAUAGAAAACCCCUUCCUGAGGGGCAGCUACUGUCACAGCAUGGCUGGAUCCAAAUCCUCUUGGAGCUAUCCCCAUGAGCUGGACAACUUCUAUUUCAGUAUGGAUACUGCACACACACAUCACAGCCCUCGUGCCCAGCAAAAGGGGAUCUCUCAAUCAGCUUUAAGUCAUGAAAGACAUAAACACAGUCCCACCUCACAAAGAUUACCUCCAAAGAAGUCCCGGCCCUCCCAUCUCCCCCUGUCCUGCAGCGCUGAACCUUCCACCCCAAGUCCAGCUGAUGACGACCAGGUGGUCCCCUCCUUCCAGAGGCUCUCCGUGUACGAGUGCAACAGUCCCCCACAGACACCUGGCAGAUGCUCCAAGCCUCUGCCCCCCAUCCCUCUACAGACGGACAUCUCCCCUGAGCAGGCCAUUGACAAUGAGGUAGAAUUUUUCACAAGUUCGGAUGACAGCUGUUGCCUGGUGUCCGAUCAGUGUCACAAACCAUCUUCAUUUCGAUACGGGAUCCCCAGUCGACGGAGUUUCAGGGACUGUGGGCAGAUCAACUAUGCUUAUUACGAUGGUCCACUAGGGCCCAAGAGCACGAGGCAGUCCAAAAAGCAGCCUCAGGUGCAUCCUCCACCGGAAGUGAGGGAACAGUAUGAGCAGCGACAGGAACCACCUGCGCCAGUGGUCUGUCAGAGACAGCAGGAAAAAGCUCAGAGGAGGCUACGUCGCUCACACUCAGGCCCAGCUGGAUCCUUUAACAAGCCCUCCCUGCUGCGCCUCACAUGCCACAAACGCCACACAAAUAGUACAGAAAAAACAGAGAUACCGCCCCCUAUUCCCCCAAGAACAAUCAAGACAGGAGACUAUCGCCGCUGGUCAGCAGAGGUCUCGUCUGGGGCUUACAGUGAUGAUGACAAACCACCCAAGGUGCCUCCAAGGGAUCAUUUAUCCAGAGGCAGCUCCCGCACCCCCAGCCCUAAGAGCCUCCCAACAUACAUAAACGGGGUGAUGCCCCCAACCCAAAGCUUUGCACCGGAUCCAAAGUAUGUCAGCUUUCGGGGUCUACAGAGACAGAACAGCGAGGGCUCCCCUUGCAUCCUCCCUGUUAUGGAAAACGGCAAAAAGGCCAGCACCACACAUUACUAUCUCUUGCCUGAGCGGCCUGCUUUUGUGGACUCGCCUUGUGUAGAGAAAUUCCUCCGGGUCAUGGAAAGCCCCGCAGCUCGCAAUACUGGUGCAUCAGACUCAGACUGGGACUGCCACACCAGGCGGAAAGCCCAUGUGGAUUUGGUUUGAAAAGUUGAAGUGGAAGUAGCAGAGGACUCUUCUGUACAUGAGCACAAACCACUUUGAAAAAAAAAUGGUGAAACUGGACGCUAACAACCCUCAAACUGCUGCUUUGACUGUUUUUAGCCCCUAUGUAUUCUGAACACACAGGGUAUGUGCACACUGUAUUCAGUUACUGGUAAUGAUUGAAUAGCUAUCAUCGCUGAGAUACUUCAUAUAGAAAUGUAUCUCUGACUAUAGCUUGUGGGCAAAAUGACAUUGUAGAGCUUAUUUUUGAUAUGAUUUCUAUUUCAUGACAUUCAAUGUUGUGCUGUUUUUUUCUGAUGUGGUACAGUGAGAAGGUACAAGCUGGCCUUGAACCUCAUGUGUUCAGUGUUUUCUGUGUCUGGAAGGUUUAGGAUGAGUUUUGAGAUGCAUUGAUGCUGCUCUUGUAUCUCACAUGGGACAAAAGGUCAGUAAUGUAACCAUGUAUCACUUAAUAUAUGAAGUCUAAAUGCAAGGCCAAUUACUUUUUUUAACGGAAAUGAAGGAUGCUAUCACACGAAUCUCCAUUCUGUUUGCUGUUAUUUAUCAAAACUGAUACGGUUUCCCUGCCUUGAUGAAGUUUAGGUCUUACUCAGGCCGAUGUAUGUGUGUGUAAAUUCCCACAUGGCACAAAGUCGUGGUACAUUUAGUACUAAGAGGUGGGUACAUUACUGGUAGCUAAGCAUGUUUCUGUUGGAAUGUCUAGUGCAGCUUUUACGGUGUAGUUGUCUGUGAUGAGUGUGUCUGUGUUUGUAUAGUUGUGGAUGUGUUUGUGCAUGUGAACAGCAGUUGGAAAAGUGUUCUGGUGAUACUUUAUAAAAUGACUUUCUACAAGUGGUAGAAAAACUGUCAACCAUACAUGUUACUGUGCUCUGCUUUAUUGCGGCGCCUGCUUUUUGAGUUCAGCCCAGUGUCCAGGUCUGUUUCGUUGCACAGAAAACAGCCUGUUGAAUGAAGUGAAUGUAUGCUAUUCUUACUGAAAUUCCAUCAAACAGUGGGAGGAGCUUAUUUUUGGUCAAGCUGUGAGUCAUUGCUUGGAACUAAUUUGCUUCAAGUACUACCUCCCUGUGAUAUUAAACGUUUAUUUCACAUAUCCCCCAUUUAAAUACACAGAAAAUGUGUUAUCUACGAUAGACGAGAUAACCAGCUCUAAAAGUGACCUGACACAAAGUUUAAAUUCAGUUACACUUCAGUAAGAGUAACACAAAGUAAAUUUCAACAGGAUGUCCUUAAGUAGAGAUUUUAAAUCACUCCCAUCUGAGAUCACAGAGAUGUGAGGCUAACCUAUUAAUACAGCUGCAUUACAAAGACAGCGCAGGGUUUACCUGCUUGACACAGACUUUCCUGUUCUGCUCAUGCAUUCCUGCCUUACAUGAUUGCAGUGGGUGUGGUCUGAGAGACUUUGGCUGCUGGCAGCCCAGAAAAUAUAUGAAUUUUAUUGUCAUAGAUUAUUCAAGAAGCAUCAGGAUGGUAUAGUAAAUGUAGCACAUGUAUUGAAGUAACCCUUGGUAUCGAACACGGUGUUCAGUUUGGGAAACAGAUAACUCCUGAGGUCAUUGAAAUACACUCUCUCUCCCUUCUGCUCACAAACCCUUGCCAACACAUUGUUGCUUUUGACUUAAAUGUCAGAAAAAUGUUUACAUCAUACACUGAUACUAUUUAAUCUUAAGGUAUUUUAUGUCUUAUUAGAAAAUAUAAAACUGAAUGAAGACUAGUUUAUCAAGAAAUAACUUCUCUGCUGUGGUGAAGACAUGCACUGGGAGAGUACAGUAUGCUGUGUACAGUAUUUAACAAUUCCAUUUGUUGUUAUGAAUCGAUGUUGAGUAUAUAGUCUUUAAAAAGAAAGCAAAAUAAAAUGACUUAUUUAUGA